AUGGUGCUUCACACUGAGGACAAGGUUCCUCACACUGAAAAGAUGGUUCGUCAUUAUGAGGACAGGGAUCUUCUCUCUGACGACACGGUUCCUCACGCUGAGGACAAGGUUCUUCACUCUGAGGACAAGGUUCCUCACUCUGAGGACAAGUUUCCGCACUCUGAGAAGAAGGUUCAUGAUCCUGAGGACAAAGUUCCUUACGCUGAGGACAAGGUUAUUCACACUGAGGACAAGGUUCCGCACUCUGAGAAGAAGGCUAAUGACUCUGAGGACAAGGUUCUUCAUUCUGAGGACAAGGUUCCUCACUCUGAGGACAAGGAUCAUCCCUCUGAUGACAAGGUUCCUCACUCUGAGGACAGGGUGCUUCACACUGAGGACAAGGUUCCUCACACUGAAAAGAAGGUUCCUCAUUAUGAGGACAAGGAUCUUCACUCUGAGGGCAAGGUUCCUCACUCUGAAUACAAGGUUCCUCACUCUGAAGGCAGGUUCCUCACUCUGAGGACAAAGUUCCUCACGCUGAGGACAAGGUUAUUCACACUGAGGACAAGGUUCCGCACUCUGAGAAGAAGGUUCAUGACUCUGAGGACAAGCUUCUUCACUCUGAGGACAAGGUUCCUCACUCUGAGGACAAGGAUCAUCCCUCUGAUGACAAGGUUCCUCACUCUGAGGACUGGGUGCUUCACACUGAGGACAAGGUUCCUCACCCUGAAAAGAAGGUUCCUCAUUAUGAUGACAAGGAUCUUCACUCUGAGGACAAGUUUCCUCACGCUGAGGACAAGUUUCCUCACGCUGAGGACAAGGUUCUUCACUCUGAGGAGAAGGUUUCUCAAUCUGAGGACAAGGUUCCGCACCCUGAGAAGAAGGUUCAUGAUUCUGAGGACAAGGUUCCUCACUCUGAACACAAGGUUCCUCUCUCUGAGGACAAGGCUCCUCACUCUGAGGACAAGGAUCAUCCCACUGAUGACAAGGUUCCUCACUCUGAGGACAAGGUGCUUCCCACUGAGGACAAGGAUCCUCACUCUGAGGACAAAGUUCCUCACUCUCAGGACAAGAUUCCUCACUCUGAGGACAAGGUUUCUCACUCUGAGGAAAAGGUUCCUCACUGUGAAGACAAGGUUCCUCACCCCGAGGACAAGGUUCCGCACUCUGAGAAGAAGGUUCAUGGUUCUGAGGACAAGGUUCCUCACUCUGAGGACAAGGUUCCUCACUCUGAGGAAAAGGUUCCUCACUCUGAGGACAAGGUUCUUCACACUGAGGACUAGGUUCCUCACUCUGAAGACAAGGUUCCUCACACUGUCGACAAGGUUCCUCACUCUGAGGACUAGGUUUCUCUCUCUGAGGACAAGGUUCUUCACACUGAGGACUAGGUUCCUCACUCUGAAGACAAGGUUCCGCAUACUGAGGACAAGGUUCCUCACUCUGAGGACAAGGUUCCUCACUCUGAAGGCACUUUCCUCACACGGAGAACAAGGUUCCUCAAUCUGAGUAUAAGAGUCCUCAGUCUGAGGACAAGCUUCCUCACACUGGGGACAAGGUUCGUCUCUCUGAGGACAAGGUUCCUCAUUCUGAGGACACGGUUGUUCACACUGAGGACAAGGUUCCUCACUCCGAGAACAAGGUUCCUCACUCUGAGGACAAGGUUACUCACUCUGAGGACAAGGUUCCUCACUCUGAGAACAAGGUUCCUCACUCUGAGGACAAGGUUCCUCACUCUGAGGACAAGGUUCCUCACCCUGAGGACAAGGUACCUCAAUCUGAGGACGAGGUUCCUCACACUGAGGACAAGAUUCCUCACUCUGAGGACAAGUUCCUCACCCUCAGGACAAGGUUCCUUACCCUGAAGGUUGUUCCUGCCACUGAGGACAAGGAUCCUCACUCUGGUGACAACGUUCCUCGUUCUGAGGACAAGGUUCCUCACUCUGAGAACAAGGUUCCUCACUCUGAGAACAAGGUUCUUCACUCUGAUGACAAGGUUCCUCACUCUGAGGACAAGUUUCCUCACUCUGAAGGCAGGUUCCUCACACUGAGGACAAGGUUCCUCAAUCUGUGAUAAGAGUCCUCACUCUGAGGACAAGCUUCCUCACACGGAGGACAAGGUUCGUCUCUCUGAGGACAAGGUUCCUCUCUCUGGCGAGAAGGUUCCUCACUCUGACGACAAGAUUCCUCACUCUGAAAACAAUGUGCCUAACUCUGAGGACAAGUUUCCUCACUCUUAAGGCCGAUUCCUCACACUGAGGACAAGGUUCCUCAAUCUGAGGACAAAGUUCUUCACACUGAGGACAAGGGUCGGCACUCUGACAACAAGGUUCCUCACUCUGAGGAUAAGGUUCCUCGCUCUGAGGACAAGGUUCCUCACUCCGAAGUCAGGUUUCUCACUCAGAGGACAAGGUUCUUCACACUGAGGACAAGGUUCCGCCAUGUGAGAAGAAAGUUCAUGACUCUGAGGACAAGGUUCCUCACUCUGAGGACAAGGUUCCUCACUCUGAGGACAAGGUUCCUCACUCUGAGGACAAGCGUCCUCACUCUGAGGACAAGGUUCCUCACUCUGAGGACAAGGUUCCUCAUUCUGAAGUCAGGUUCCUCUCCCAGAGGGCAAGGUUCCUCACUAUGAGGACAAGGUUCUUCACACUGAGGACAAGGGUCGGCAUUCUGACAACAAAGUUCCUCACUCUGAGGAAAACGUUCUUCACACUGAGGACAAGGCUCCUAACUAUGAGGACAAGGCUCCUCACUCUGAGGACAAGGUUCCUCACUCUGAGGACAAGGUUGCUCAGUCUGAGGACAAGGUUGCUCAGUCUGAGGACAAGGGUCCUCACUCUGAGGACAAGGUUCCUCACUCUGAGGACAAGGUUCCUCACUCUGAGGACAAGGUUCCUCACUCUGAGGACAAGGUACCUCACUCUGAGGACGAGGUUCCUCACACUGAGGACAAGAUUCCUCACACUGAAGACAAGGUUCCUCACUCUGAGGACAACGUUCCUCGCUCUGAGGACAAGGUUGCUCACUCUGAAGUCCGGUUCCUCACUCUGAGGACAAGGUUCCUCACUCUGAGAACAAGGUUCCUCACUCUGAGGACAAGGUCCUCACUCUGAGGACAAGGUUCCACACUUUGAGGACAAGGGUCCUCACUCUGAGGACAAGGUUCCUCACUCUGAGGACAAGGUUCCUCACUCCGAGGACAAGCUUCCUCACUUUGAAGACAGGUUCCUCACACUGAGGACAAGGUUCAUCACUCUGAGGACAAGGUUCCUCACUCUGAACACAAUUUUCCUAACUCUGAGAACAAGGGUCCCUCAGUCUGAGAACGAGGUUCCUCACACUGAGGACAUGGUUCCUCACUCUGAGAACAAGGUUCCUCACUCUGAGGGGAAGGUUCGUCACACUGAGGACAAGUUUCCUCACCCUGAGGAGAAGGUUCCUCAAUCUGAAGACAAGGUUCCGCACUCUGAUGGCAGGUUCCUCAGACUGAGGACAUCGUCCUCGCUCUUAAGACAAGGUUCCUCAUUCUGAGGACAAGGUUCCUCACACUAAGGACAAGGUUCCUCACUCUGAAAACAAGGUUCCUCACUCUGAGGACAAGGUUCCUCACUCUGAGGACGAGGUUCCUCACACUGAGGACAAGAUUCCUCACAUGGAAGACAAGGUUCCUCACUCUGAGGACAACGUUCCUCGCUCUGAGGUCAAGGUUGCUCACUCUGAAGUCCGGUUCCUCACUCUGAGGACAAGGUUCCUCACUCUGAGAACAAGGUUCCUCACUCUGAGGACAAGGUCCUCACUCUGAGGACAAGGUUCCACACUUUGAGGACAAGGGUCCUCACUCUGAGGACAAGGUUCCUCACUCUGAGGACAAGGUUCCUCACUCUGAGGACAAGCUUCCUCACUUUGAAGACAGGUUCCUCACUCUGAGGACAAGGUUCAUCACUCUGAGGACAAUGUUUCUCACUCUGAACACAAUUUUCCUAACUCUGAGAACAAGGGUCCCUCAGUCUGAGAACGAGGUUCCUCACACUGAGGACAUGGUUCCUCACUCUGAGAAAAAGGUUCCUCACUCUGAGGGGAAGGUUCCUCACACUGAGGACAAGUUUCCUCACCCUGAGGAGAAGGUUCCUCAAUCUGAAGACAAGGUUCCGCACUCUGAUGGCAGGUUCCUCAGACUGAGGACAUCGUCCUCGCUCUUAGGACAAGGUUCCUCACUCUGAGGACAAGGUUCCUCACACUAAGGACAAGGUUCCUCACUCUGAAAACAAGGUUCCUCACUCUGAGGACAAGGUUCCUCACUCUGAGGACAAGGUUAAUCAUUUUGAAGUCAGUUUCCUAACUUUGAGGACAAGGUUCCUCAAUCUGAGGACAAGGUUCCUCACUCUGAGGAAAAGGUUCCUCACACUGAGGUCAAGGCUCCUCACUCUGAGGACAAGGUUCCUCACUUAGGGGGCAAGGUUCCUCACUCUGAGGACAAGGUUCCCCACUCUGAGGACAAGAUUCCUCACUCUGAAAGCAGGUUCCUCACUCUGAAGGCAAGGUUCAUCACUCUGAGGACAAGGUUCCUCACUCUGAGGACAAGGGGCUUCACACUGAAGACAAGGUUUCUCACACUGAAAACAAGGUUCCUGACUCUGAGGACAAGGUUUCUCACUCUGAGCACAAGAUUCCUCACUCUGGGGACAAAGUUCCUCACCCUGAAGGCAUGCUCCUCCCACUGAAGACAAGAAUCCUCACUAUGAGGACAAAGUUCCUCACUCUGAGGACAAGACUCCUCACUCUGAGGACAAGGUUCCUCACUCUGAGGAAAAGGUUCCUCACACUGAGGACAAGGCUUCUCACUCUGAGGACAAGGUUCCUCACUCAGGGGGCAAGGUUCCUCACUCUGAGGACAAGGAUCCCCACUCUGAGGACAAGAUUCCUCACUCUUAAAGCAGGUUCCUCAGUCUGAAGACAAGGUUCAUCACUCUGAGGACAAGGUUCCUCACUCUGAGGACAAGGGGCUUCACACUGAAGACAAGGUUUCUCACACUGAGAACAAGGUUCCUGACUCUGAGGACAAGGUUUCUCACUCUGAGCACAAGAUUCCUCACUCUGAGGACAAAGUUCCUUACCCUGAAGGCAUGCUCCUCCCACUGAGGACAAGAAUCCUCACUCUGAGGACAAAGUUCCUCACUCUGAGGACAAGAUUCCUCACUGUGAGGACAAGGUUUCUCACUCUGAGGACAAGGUUCCUCACUCUGAGGACAAUGUUCUUCACUCUGGAGACAAGGUUCCUCACUCUGAGGACAAGGUUCCUCAAUCUGAAGGCAGGUUGCUCACACUGAGGACAAGGUUCCUCACUCUGAGGACAACGUUCCCCACUCUGAGGACAAGGUUCUUCACACUGAGGACUAGGUUCCUCACUCUGAAGACAAGGUUCCUCACGCUGAGGACAAGGUUCCUCACUCUGAGGACUAGGUUUCUCACUCUGAGGACAAGGUUCUUCACACUGAGGACUAGGUUCCUCACUCUGAAGACAAGGUUCCGCAAACUGAGGACAAGGUUCCUCACUCUGAGGAAAAGGUUCCUCACUCUGAAGGCACGUUCCUCACACUGAGAACAAGGUUCCUCAAUCUGAGUAUAAGAGUCCUCAGUCUGAGGACAAGCUUCCUCACACUGAGGACAUGGUUCGUGUCUCUGAGGACAAGGUUCCUCACUCUGAGGACACGGUUCUUCAGGCUGCGGACAAGGUUCCGCACUCUUACAACAAGGUUCCUCACUCUGAGGACAAGGUUCCUCAUUCUGAGGAGAAGGUUCCUCACUCUGAGGAAAACGUUCAUCACAAUGAGGACAAGGCUCCUCACUCUGAGGACAAGGCUCCUCACUCUGAGGACAAGGUUCCUCACUCUGAGGACAAGGUUCUUCACACUGAGGACAAGGUUGAGCACUCUGAGAAGAAUGUUCAUGACUCUGAGGACAAGGUUCCUCACUCUGAGGACAAGGUUCUUCACUCUGAGGACAAGGCUCCUCAAUCUGAGGACAAGGUUCCUCACUCUGAAUGCAGGUUCCUCACACUGAGGACAAGGUUCCUCAAUCUGAGGACAAGGUUCUUCACACUGAGGACAAGGGUCGGCACUCUGACAACAAGGUUCCUCACUCUGAGGAUAAGGUUCCUCGCUCUGAGGACAAGGUUCCUCACUCUGAAGUCAGGUUCCUCACCCAGAGGACAAGGUUCUUUACACUGACGACAAGGUUCCGCCAUGUGAGAAGAAAUUCAUGACUCUGAGGACAAGGUUCCUCACUCUGAGGACAAGGUUCCUCACUCUGAGGACAAGGUUCCUCACUCAGAAGACAAGUUUUCCCAUUCUGAAGUCAGGUUCCUCACCCAGAGGACAAGGUUCCUCACUCUGAGGACAAGGUUCUUCACACUGAAGAGAAGGGUCGGCACUCUGACAACAAGGUUCCUCACUCUGAGGAUAAGAUUCCUCACUCUGAGGACAAGGUUCCUCACUCUGAGGAAAACGUUCCUCACACUGAGGACAAGGCUCCUCACUAUGAGGACAAGGCUCCUCCCUGUGAGGACAAGGUUCCUCGCUCUGAGGAGAAGGUUCUUCACUCUGAGGACAAGGCUCCUGACACUGAGGACAAGGUACCUCACUCUGAGGACGAGGUUCCUCACACUGAAGAGAAGAUUCCUCACACUGAAGACAAGGUUCCUCAAUCUGAGGGCAAGGUUCCUCACACUGCGGACAAGUUUCCUCGCUCUGAGGACAAGGAUCUUCACUCUGAGGACAAGGUUCUCACUCUGAGGACAAGGUCCUCACUCUGAGGACAAGGUUACGCCCUCUGAAUGCAGGUUCCUCAGACUGAGGACAAGGUUCCUCGCUCUGAGGAGAAGGUUCCUAACUCUGAGGACAAGGUUCCUCACACUAAAGACAAGGUUCCUCACUCUGCGAACAAGUUUCCGCACUCUGAGGACAAGGUUGCUCAUUCUGAAGUCCGGUUCCUCAAACUGAGGACAAAGUUCCUCACUCUGAGAACAAGGUUCCUCACUCUGAGGACAAGGUUCCUCACUCUGAAGACAGGUUCCUCACUCUGAGGACAAGGUUCAUCACUCGGGGACAAUGUUCCUCACUCUGAAAACAAUUUUCCUAACUCUGAGAACAAGGGUCCCUCAGUCUGACAACGAGGUUCCUCAGACUGAGGACAUGGUUCCUCACUCUGAGAACAAGGUUCCUCACUCUGAGGGGAAGGUUCCUCACACUGAAGACAAGUUUCCUCACCCUGAGGAGAAGGUUCCUCAAUGUGAAGACAAGGUUCCGCACUCUGAUGGCAGGUUCCUCAGACUGAGGACAUCGUCAUCGCUCUUAGGACAAGGUUCCUCACUCUGAGGGCAAGGUUCCUCAGACUAAGGACAAGGUUCCUCACUCUGAAAACAAGGUUCCUCACUCUGGGGACAAGGUUCCUCACCUUGAGGACAAGGUUAAUCACUCUGAAGUCAGUUUCCUAACUUUGAGUACAAGGUUCCUCACUUUGAGGAAAAGGUUUCUCACACUGAGGACAAGGCUCCUCACUCUGAGGACAAGAUUCCUCACUCAGGGGACAAGGUUCCUCACUCUGAGGACAAGGUUCCCCACUCUGAGGACAAGAUUCCUCACUCUGAAAGCAGGUUCCUCACUCUGAAGACAAGGUUCAUCACCCUGAGGACAAGGUUCCUCACUCUGAGGACAAGGGGCUUCACACUGAAGACAAGGUUUCUCACACUGAGAACAAGGUUCCUGACUCUGAGGACAAGGUUUCUCACUCUGAGCACAAGAUUCCUCACUCUGAGGACAAGUUCCUCACCCUGAAGGCAUGCUCCUCCAACUGAAGACAAGGAUCCUCACUCUGAGGACAAGGUUCCUCACUCUGAGGACAAUGUUCUUCACUCUGGAGACAAGGUUCCUCACCCUGAGGACAAGGUUCCUCAAUCUGAAGGCAGGUUCCUCACACUGAGGACAAGGUUCCUCACUCUGAGGACAAUGUUCCCCACUUUGAGGACAAGGUUCUUCACACUGAGGACUAGGUUCCUCACUCUGAAGACAAAGUUCCUCACACUGAGGACAAGGUUCCUCACUAUGAGGACUAGGUUUCUCACUCUGAGGACAAGGUUCUUCACACUGAGGACUAGGUUCCUGACUCUGAAGACAAGGCUCCACAAACUGAGGACAAGGUUCCUCACUCUGAGGACAAGGUUCCUCACUCUGAAGGAACGUUCCUCACACUGAGAACAAGGUUCCUCAAUCUGAGUAUAAGAGUCCUCAGUCUGAGGACAAGCUUCCUGAGACUGAGGACAAGGUUCGUGUUUCUGAGGACAAGGUUCCUCACUCUUAGGACACGGUUCUUCAGACUGAGGACAAGGGUCCGCACUCUGACAACAAGGUUCCUCACUCUGAGGACAAGGUUCCUCAUUCUGAGGACAAGGUUCCUCACUCUGGGGAAAACGUUCCUCACACUGAGGACAAGGCUCCUCACUCUGAGGACAGGGCUCCUCACUUUGAGGACAAGGAUCCUCACUCUGAGGAGACGGGUCCACACUCUGAGGACAAGUUUCCUCACUCUGAAAGCAGGUUCCUCACUCUGAGGACAAGGUUCAUCACUGGGAGGACAAGGUUCCUCACUCUGAGGAAAAGGUGCUUGACACUGGGGACAAGGUUCCUCACACUGAGAACAAGGUUCCUCAUUAUGAGGACAAGGUUCCUCACUCUGACGCCAAGGUUCGUCACACUGAGGGCAAUGUUUCUCACUCUGAGGACAAGGUUCUUCACACUGAGGACAAGGUUCCUCACUCUGAGGACAAGGUUCCUCAAUCUGAGUGCAAGGUUCCUCACACUGGGGACAAGUUUCCUCGCCCUGAGGACAAGGAUCUUCGCUCUGAGGACAAGGUUCUCACUCUCAGGACAAGGUCCUCACUCUGA